GUUUUUGCUGAGCCUUCCAUCAGCCUGUUCACCCUGGAAUGCUGCAAGGGCAGAGAGCUGCACUUCAGUGAACCUGUCAGCUCUGUUCUGAAUGAGGACCUUCAUUUUUACACUCAGUCUGUGUGGGUGAGGAGUGGACUGUGGAUUGCGUACGAGGGAUGUAAUUUUUUAGGAAGGCAGAUUCUGCUGGAGCCCAGUGAGAUUUCAAACUGGAAUGAACACAGUGGCUGGAAAGUAAUUGGUUCCCUUCGUCCCAUGAAGCAGCCUGCAGUGUACCUGAGGGUGAGGAACCGAGCCCAGGGGCGGUACCUGACGGUGGCUGGGAGCCUGGCAGACGUCAGAGCAACCUCAGUGUGUGCAUCCCCCUACAACGGCAGGAACACCCAGGUCUGGCACUACUGCAGGGGGCUCUUCAAGUCCAGGGCCAACAAUGCCUGUCUGGAUGUCAUUGGUGGCAGAGACGUGCCUGGGGCCAAAGUUGCCCUCUGGGCAGAGCAUGGGAAGGACAGACAGAAGUGGAGACUCAACGAGGAUGGAACCAUCAGUUCAUACCUCAGUGAACAACUGGUCCUUGAUAUUAAAGGAGGAAAUUAUUAUGACAAGAACCACAUCAUUAUGAAUCAGCCAGUAGAAGACAGACCUUCACAGAAAUGGGAUAUAGAAAUAUUGUAAAACCCACCCCACAGAUGGACCUUCUGUGGGCUAUUAACAUCUUAGAGGGGGGAAAACAAGACCCCAGCUACUGAAGUCACACACCACUGAAACCAUAAGCAGCAACUCCUCUCUACUUUCCUUCAUACCAAGCACCAACUCUUUGAAGAACUGAAUUUUGCACAAAUCUGGAGGAGGAGAUGUUGAUCCAAUGUCUCUCUACAGGGAAGUUGAUUUUUCGGAGGCUGCUCCUAUGAAAGUCACUUAUUAGUCUUCAUCUGCAGUAUGAAAGGUAUAAAAGUAUAAAAGACUAGACAUAGGUUUUGCAGUAUAGGAACUGCAAGAGAUAACAUGGGAAAGGCUCUUCAGAGAUGUUGUCUUUACCUUCCUCACACUGAUGGAAGCUCCUUGAGGAAUGAAUGCACUGGUGAGCUUGAAAGAAGGGGAGUUGGACUUUCAUGUCCCAAGCGAAACUGUUUGGGCUCCAGGCAAUCCUGAAGCUCAAAUCUUGCUCAAAUGCAAUUUAUUUUGUUCAUAAAGACAAGUUUGAAUUGGAAUUCCAGCUCAGCAUGUGAAAUGAGGUGAUAGAGAAAGCCUGACACUCACCCCCUCAGUGUUACUGGUCGGCCUUUGCCUUCCCUCGUUUUCACUGUACCAAAUUCCCAGAUCCAGGAACUGGUUUUGC